ACUGCCGCAAGCCCCGCAGGCCCGCACCGGCGCCGGCUCCGCCGCUCCGGUACAGGUACGCGCCUUCCCGGCCCUCCCUGAUGUGUCCAACAUGCGCUGAUUUGUUCCUCAUCAAAGAUGCAGAAUUUCUUGCAUUAGUUUUAUCUAAGCUAGGCUUGUCAUCGGAUGGUUCCUCUUCAUUAACUUUCUGCAUGAUCCUUCUCAAAUUCGACAUCAUGUUUUGAUUGUUUUCACCUCCAUAAAUUACCUCCCCAAUGGUAUUGGUGAGUCCAGUGAUCCAGUCAGCUCAUCAACUAACUGACUCCUCUCUAGAACAGCAUUAGACAGAUCACUCCUCUCUAGAACAGCAUUAGACAGAUCUGUUGUUCUAUAAUCUAUACUUUAGCACUCCUAGCUAAUUUCAGUUUAUUUACAACUUCCAGAUGCUCCUUUGAUUUUUCUGUCAUUUCUGCAAUAGACUCAGCUAAUGCAGUAGUACUAAUGCUGCUAUUGUGUGCUGUCCAGAUGGCAAGUAGUGGCAAUGUUGGACGAGCUAAUGCAUCUGCAGAGAGUUCUCAGAAUGAUGGAUACGAUCCGUUAAAAGAUCCAAGAAGAAGGCCAAAAUCUAAUGACCCAGGAUGGAAGUACGCCUAUUAUGUUGAACCUGGCAAGCGAGAUUUGAUCCAAUGUGCUCUUUGUCCAAGAAAGAUUAAAGGGGGAAUCAUUAGGGUCAAGCAGCAUCUUGCUGGUGGAAGCACAUAAAUUCUUGUGUGUCCCAAAACCACACCGAAAUCCAGAAAGAGAUGAAGGCAGCUUUGGAUGCAGGAAAAACUAAGAGGGACAUACCCGUUUAUGAUGACUCAGAAGAGGGAGAUGGAGAGGAAGAUACUGUGGAAGUAAUAGAAUCAUCUAGAGCAGGUAGCAGUAGUAGCUCAAGAUCAACCAGCAAAAGAAAGGAAUCAGCAAGCAAACCACCAACUGCACCAUCAUCGAAGAAGCCCAUUAAUGCUUUGCUACGACGUACACCCCAAGAGGUCGUAGCGGAGAGGCAUGCCAAAGGUCCUUAUCAAAGAACCAUUAAUGUAUCAAUGAAGCCCAAAGAAGAAAGAGAUGUUGUUUGCAUAGAGAUAGCUAAGUGCUUCUAUGAGUGUGGCGUACCAUUCAAUGUUGCCAACUCAAGACAGUUUGAGAUUGCUGUAGAGUCCAUUGCACAAUAUGGUUCAGGGUUCAAGCCCCCUAGUUUCCAUGAGCUACGAGAACCAUUACUUGCGAAGUGUGUCAAAAAGAUAGAUGGUGACAAGAAGAGGCAUGAGGAUGCAUGGACUCAGUAUGGCUGCACCCUCAUGUCAGAUGGAUGGACAGAUAGGAGGGGUCGCCAGCUAAUAAACUUCCUAGUUAACAGCCCAGUGGGGACAUUCUUUUUAGAGUCAGUGGAUGCAUCAAAUGAGUCUCAUGAUGCCAUGAUGCUUGUAGACCUAUUAGACCAGAGAAUUAAGAAGAUUGGUAGGGACAAAGUUGUACAGAUUGUCACUGACAAUGGUGCCAACUACAAGGCAGCAGGUAGAUAUUUGGUUGAAAGGACUCCUACAUUAUUUUGGACCCCUUGUGCUGCUCAUUGCUUGGACCUUAUGUUAGAGGAUAUAGGAAAAUUGAAGGAUUUUGCGAAGCCUAUUACACGUGCUCGUCAUGUCACAACAUUUAUAUAUAGGCAUGGGAGAAUUCUUAAUGAGAUGAGGAAGUUCACAAAAGGUAUGGACCUUGUGAGGAUGGCUGCUACUAGAUUUGCCACUGCAUUUCUCACCUUGAGGAGUUUACACAAGCAUAAGGAUGCAUUGAGAGCCUUAUUUUCUGGUGAUGUUUUUACUCGUUCCAAAGUGGCUAAAACAGAGGCCGGGAAAAAGGUCUAUGAAAUUAUUUUCUCAACACAAUUCUGGAAUUCAGUUGAGGACUGCCUUAGAGCUUCUUUACCGCUACUUGUGCUAAGAUUGGUAGAUGGUGAUGAGAAGCCUGCCUUGCCUGAGGUGGCAGCAGCUAUGAAUAUAGCAAAACAAAAAAUUUCAGCAUCAUUCUCCACUCAAAACAAGAAAGCUUGUCUCAAUCGCAUCAUGAAAAUUGUUGAGAACCGUUGGGUGAAACAAAUGGAUACUCCUUUGUAUGGAGCAGCACUAUAUUUGAACCCUGGAAAAUUCUACAAGAUGAAACAGAGUGAUGAUGAUGGCUAUGUUGGAGAGCUAAGGGGUUGCUUCAAUGAUGUGCUUGUUAAAAUGGUGACAGAUGACGACCUUAGAGACAAAAUUGAUGGUCAGGCUGUCCUUUAUGAGAACCAAAGAGAAUCAUUUGCAAACCCAAUGGCUAUAAGGAACGCUCAAACAAGAAGUCCAAUUGACUGGUGGCUUGCAUAUGGUGGUAGAACCAUUGAGCUCUAUAAGUUUGCAAGGCGGAUUGUUAGUCUUUGUGCUUCAUCAUCCGGUUGUGAGCGAAAUUGGAGCACAUUUGAAUUUAUGCAUACCAAGAAAAGGAACAGGCUAGAGCAUGAGAGAUUGAAUAAUUUGGUGUAUGUUUCAUACAAUAGAAAGAUGGCCGCUAGGUUCCAAAAAAUGCGUGAAGAAGGAAAGAACUUUGAUCCUUUAGUUCUUGAAGAUUUUGAUUGGGACAAUGAGUGGGUUGAUCCAUUAGCUAAUUCAGCACCUAUUGGGGGUGAUCCUCUUUUCACAUGGGACCAUGUUGAUCAAGCCGCUGGUGCAUCUACACAACUUCAAGGACGUAAUUUUCCUAGGCGAGCUCAUGGUAGUCAUGUGUCAAGAAUUGUUCAAGAUGAAGAUGAAGAUGACACUGAUGUGGGUGAAGAAAAUGAGAAUGAUGAUGAUUUUGUGCUUGAUGACCUUGAUAUGGAUGACGAUGAAGCAACAAACAAUGGUGGCAAUGGUGAAGAGGAAAGGAAUGAUGAUAUCGGUCUUGAUGAAUUAGAUGAUGGUUUUUGAGACAUCAUAGAUGGGAGAUUGAAUAAUGCUUGUGUGCUUAUUAUUGUGCUUGACUGCUUGUGGUUGUGGAUUUGAUUUGCUUGCUUAUGCACUUGUGCUUGUGGACUUGUCAUUCUACUAUUUUAUUUUGUUGUUCGCUUGAUUGCUUUGGUUGUGAACAUGUUAUUUUGGAACUAUUAUUAUGUGAACCUACAUUGGUUGUUUGAUAUUUAACUAGUUGUUUGGUAUUAAACUUAGUAUAUUGUGUGAAUAAAUUAUUUAUAUUGAUAUUUUCCUA